AGAGCGCCACCGCGGCGUUUUGCCGAAACUAAUCUGUAAAAAAAAAAGUUUACUGUCAGUGUCAGCGACAAGUGUUUAGUUUAGUGUCAAAAAACUAAAUUAUUUCUUUUUCACCUUCACCAGUUGUGCUUAAAUAGUUUAUAUUUAACUAAUUUAUUUAAAAAAUGGCUCACGAUUAUUUGAGCGACUCUAAAAAUCCAUUUUUUUCUCUGGAAGAUGACAUCGACGACGAAACAUUUUUACAGAGCGCGCCUACAAGGUCCAUUUCUAGCAACAAUCCGUUUGUUAACUUUGAUAAUAACCUUGAGCAGCAGCAUCAGCAGAUCCUGGAGCGGAAAAAAGCCGUCGAGGAACGGACGAUAAAGUCAUCUGAAAGAUCAAUGACAUUGUUGAGAGAUUCUGAGCAGAUUGGAGCAGCGACUGCAGAGGAAUUAAUUAGACAAAGAGAGCAGCUCGAGAGAACUGAAAAAAGACUUGACGACAUAAACAGCACGCUGAGAUUCAGUCAGAAGCACAUUCAAGGUAUAAAGAGUGUUUUUGGCAGUUUAAAAAAUUACCUAAGUGGCAAGUCCGUGGAUUCUCCUACGCCAGCUGUCGGCGGCAAGUUUUCCGAGUCAGAGUACUCUGGACCCGGCAGCAGUGUGCUGAGUAACACCAACGAGCAGUCCAGAGUAAGCUUAGCGGGGCAGCAUCCCUCGCUGCAGCGAAGAGGACUCCUGGGCAGCGACAGCUUCGAUGAUGACAAUGGCGGGAGUCAGUACAAAUCUCAGAACUCCAAUGUCAGUAAGAUCUUGGAGCGCAAUCUUGAUGAAAUGAGCGGGUCUCUGGCUAGACUCAAGGGCUUAGCUAUCGGUCUGUCCGAGGAAAUUGACUCUCAGAACGACUUGAUCGAAAAUGUUAUGACCAAGACAGAUAAGGCUGACAUUAUGCUGGAGAGACAGAAUAAAGACAUGAGGAAUUUGUUGAAAAAAUAAAUUUAGGUGCAAAGAAAAUUGAAGAUUUUAUAUUUACUAUUAGAGUUUAUUAUACAAUAGGACGCGUAUAAUUGUCCUUAUAAAACGAAUUAAUGAUAAUUAUUAUUAUAUGUGUACAGACUUGAGCAAUUUUAGGAUUAAGUGUUUGGGUAUGCUGAAGUAUAAUCUUGAUUUUUGAUUUUUUUUUUUUUUUAAAGAAGUGUUUGGAAAAAGGUGAUCGGAAAAAAUAGACCGGAAAAAAUUU